AUGGCGAAAGCUUCCCAUACAUUGCAAAAAGGUGCUGUUGUCCAGCACACCGCCAAAGCCCAUAACCUGAAAGACUUCUGCGAUAUCUCUGUGUGCCUUGCUGAUGAGAACAAAGUAGGUGGCUGCGCGAUAGCUGUGAGGAACGAUUACAAGAACCUGGUGGAGGAAUUUGGCCUAACAUCGUCUAGAUGCGCCUUUUUACGACUGCGGGAUCGCGGAGGACGUAAACUCUGGAUCGUAAGUGCUCACGCACCCACGGAAACCGCUGAGGACAACAGUAAGGACGCCUUCUGUGAUGAACUCAAUGCGAUGAUGUCUAAAAUACCAAGCCAGCAGGUGAUCAUUGUCGGAAUCGACGCAAAUGCGAAGAUGGGACUCGAACAACAAUACGGUUCAAAUGCCCGCGCUGGUGACUUCAACCAGGAAAAGCGUCUUAGAAGGAAGCUGCGUCGUCUACUGCAACAAGACCGCGAUAAUGAGUGGACGUCAAGAGCGAUGGAGUUUGAGAAGGCGUGGGAGGACAGGAACCCGCGGAAAGUUUAUGCUCUACUAAAACAGUAUAGCGGCAAAAUGAAAAGAUGUUCCCCUGUCCUCAACACCGCCAAUGGGAAAAUGAAGGAUGGAAAAUCUGGUGGAGACAACGGGAUUAGCGCAGAAAUGCUAAAAUAUCGUUCUCCGUCUGGGAUUUGUGAGAUGACAAAGAUCAUCCGUUCAAUAUGGAUAAACGAAAGGACACCUGAUUAG